AUGAAGAGCUCCGCCGUCCUCGCUGCUUCCGCUCUCGCCAUCGCGGCCUCGCCUGCCUUCGCCCAAGAAGAGUUCUGUGGCCAGUGGAACUUGACCAAGACGGACGACUACAUCCUCUACAACAACCUCUGGGGCGCCUUCGACGACCCCACCGGCACCCAGUGCACGGGUCUCGACAGCGUCAAAGGCUCCACCGUCGCGUGGCACACGAGCUUCGGCUGGUCGGGCUCCAAGACGCAGGUCAAGUCGUUCGCCAACGUCGCGCUCCAGUUCGACCACCUGCCGAUCUCCGAGGUGACAUCCAUCCCCUCGACCAUCCACUUCAAGUACGACUACGAAGAGAGCCUCAUCGCCAACGUGGCGUUCGACCUGUUCACGUCCUCCACGCCUGACGGCGACGCCGAGUACGAGAUCAUGGUGUGGCUGGCGGCUAUCGGCGGCGCGGGUCCCAUCUCGAGCACGGGCUCCGCUGUGGACCAGGUGACGGUGGGCGGCGUCGACUUCAGCCUGUACGCCGGCAAGAACGGCAACAUGACGGUCUACUCGUUCGUCGCGUCCACGAUGGUCAACCGGUACGCGACCGACUUUAAGCAGUUCUUCGACGUGCUCCCCAGGAAUCUCACCAUCGACCCGAGCCAGUACCUGAUCAACGUCCAGGCCGGCACUGAGCCGUUCGUCGGCAACGGCACGCUCACCGUGUCCAAGUACUCGGCCGCGGUCAACCCUGCGGAGUACUCGCAGGUCCAGCAGCAGUAA